GAAUGCAAGAGUUUAAUGGCCUCUUUCUUCAUUGGCAGGCUAAUCUACUUCUUGGACCCCUCUGUGCUUACUGGUCUGUCCUGUGCUGUCAUGAUCCUGUGCCUGGCUGAUUACCUGGUGCCAACUCUUGCUCCCCGGGUUUUUGGUUCUAACAAAUGGACCACAGAACAGCAGCAGCGUUUCCAUGAGAUCUGUGGGAACCUUGUGAAGACUCAGCGCCGUGUGCUCGGCUGGUGGAAACGGCUGUUUGCCCUGAAGGAAGAAAAGCCCAAAAUGGUACGCUCAUUUGAUGACUUGUCGAACAGCACCUUUUUGUUUUAA